GGGGGUCUGUGUUUCUUUCUGCUCACCGAACUUGGCAACGGGUACAACAAAACCCAAACAAAAACAUCGGUGUUUUAUGCUGUAUUCUUAUCUAUGUGGAGCAUUAGAAUUAAAUCCUCUGUGUUAAACGAUUCUUAGAAGCCAAUAAUGCCAUCAAAUUUGUAAGAGAAACUGUAGACCGGAUAAGAGGCAAAAUGAUCUCUAGUUCUUUCUUUUGACUCUGAACAUUCUAUAUUUUUAUCUUUAUUUUGCAACUGAAAUUUUCCUGCACAUAAUGGCUUCUGGGACAGAUAUUGAGAGUUUUCUCAACGGACCCUUAGUUACCUGGUUGAAAUCCUGCUCAGAAAAUCCAAAAUGUAUUGUGAAUUAUGAAGAUUUGAUAGAUGGCAUGGUGCUCCAUGAAGUCAUGCUUCAAAUCAAUCCAGAACCAGAGCACGAUGGAGUUGUUCCUAGCAUGGGAAAUUCUGCCACCCGCAUUCGCAACCUAGACAUAAUUUGGAAGAACAUGAAGGCAGUAUAUGAGGAAGAACUUUGUCAAACAUUAUUAAUGGUACCAGAUUGUGUGGAAAUUGGCCGUCACCCUGAGACUAAGUCUGGUUUAGAAAACAUGCAACUUUUCUUAUUGUUACUCCUGGGAUGUGCCGUUCAAUGUCCUAACAAGGAAAGAUUUAUUUACCGUAUAAAGCAACUCAGUGAGAAUACACAGCAUGACAUAGUAGAUUGUAUUAAACAGGUUACUGACUCUCAGAGAGUUGUUCUAUCUCAUGAAGCAAGUGAAGAUAAUUUAUCCAAUGAUUUAAUGAUCAACCAUGUUCGUAGACUGGUCAAAGAAAGAGAUGCAUAUCUUCAGCAAUGGCUUAAUGCCUCUGUCCAAGAGAGGGUAGAUAGUGGUGUAAGCCCUAACAGUCCUGCAACCUUGCAAAGUGAUUCGCAGCGUAGACAAGCAUCUCAGGCAUCUGGGAGUGAUACACACCAUUUUGCUGUAGAGUUAGCUGAUUGGAAAUCUCGAGUACGAAAGCAAAGACAAGAAUUGGAGGAGAAAUCAGAAGCACUGGCAGAGAGUAAAGAGGAAGCAGAACAUCAAAAGAUGAUUGUUGCAAAACUUCGAAAUGAGAUACAAGAUCUUAUGCAAGAAGCUCGAUCAGCCAAAUUGUACAGAGAUGAACUUGAUGCAAUUCGUGAAAGAGCUGAACGAGUUGACAAACUGGAAUCCGAAGUGCAGCGAUAUCGUGAAAAACUAAGUGACAUUGAUUUCUACAAGUCUCGUGUUGAAGAACUUAGAGAAGACAACAGAGUGCUCAUGGAGACUCGUGAAAUGUUAGAAGAGCAGCUUCAAAGUUCUCGUAAAAAGAGUGAACAUGUCUUAGAUCUUGAAAAUGAAUUGAUCAAAUGUAAAAAGCAAAUAAAUGAAAUGGGCCUGGAGCAAGAAGCUAUUCAAGAAAAGUUACAAGAGGCAUAUGAAGAAAAUAAAAGGUUGCAAAUCAUGACGAAGAAUUCUUUAGCCGACAAUUCAGUUGACAAUUCUUUUCUAGAGCAGACUAUCCCUGAAGCUUCUAAUGACAAUAGCCUUUCAGAGCAACUCAGUAGUAAUGCUCAAGCACGAGCACUUCGCUUGGAGCUGGAAAAUCGGCGUCUCCAGUCCGCCAUGGAUAAUCUCAAGGAAUCAUCAUUCCUAGAAAAUAGCAAUAAAAUAUUGGACUUGGAGAAAGAAAAGAAAAAGUUAUCUAUUAAGGUAGAGCAACUUCAAGAAAAUGUUAAUCGAAUGCAACAACAAAACUCAGAACUGGAGAAACUGGUUAAGGAUGCUUUGCAAGACAAUGUUAAACUGCAAGAGUCUCGUGAGUCUUUCCGUGCCCGCUCUGAAAAAUUGGAUCAGGAACUACAGGUUGAACACGGAAGAAGAGGAAAUGCAGAGCACCUUGCUGAUAACCUUUCAAAGGAGAAGCAGUGGCUUCAAAAUUCCUAUGACAGUUUGCAGCGCAAAGCAGAAGAGUUAGAACGUGCUGUUGAAAGUGCUUCUCAAGUGGCAGAUCGUAAUCGAGCUGAGCUUCAGCGCAUUCCAGAAUUACAGAGGCUCAUUGCUGAAGCUGAAAGUAGAUGCGAAAUUAUGGAAAAAGAAAAACAGGCCUCAAUUAGGGAGGUGACCAAGUUCAAGGAGAGUCUUGAAGCCAAGGAUGUUACUCUUGAUAAGCGAGCUAAUGAAAUUGAAUGUCUUGAGAAGGAUGUUUCCAAAUUAAAUAAGGAAUUGGAGGAAGCCAAGACACUAGUAAUGAGACUACAGGAAGUAGAGCGGGAAGGACAAGAAAUUGCUUCGAAAGCAGCCUUAGAUCGUGAAGCCUUAUCAGUCCUGCAAACAGAUUUGGUGGCUGAAAAGAUGUGUGUGAGACAAAUUAAGGGAAGUCUUGAGCGUCUAGGUCUUACUUUGGAGCAGCUGCAAGACCCUGACAAUGUCCUAGAAAACAUUUUAGGAAGUCCUGAGGUUCAACGUGCUACAUCAGAGAUGCUUGGCAAAGUUUGUGUUUCCAGCGAUUUGUCUGUGAACAAAGAAGAAGCUGGAGAUCAGAUUAAGGUUGGAGAUGUUACUCAAGAUGAUGUUUCUCGGCAGUGUGAAGAUUUACGUGCAGAGUUGGCUAGUCUUCAAUCAGCUACAGAUUCUGCUCAUUCUGAUAAUGCUCGACUUCAAGUACAAGUUGCCACGCUCCAGAGUCGUAUUACUGCCUUGUCAGCUCAACAUACAGCUCUUCAAGUUGCCAACACACAAUUAGUUACUGAGAAAGAUGAGCUUUUGAAAGAAAAGAGUCAGCAGCAACAAACUCAUGAGCAGCUUGUGGUAGAUCAGGUUGCCCUUCAAUCCAUUCAUGAGCAGUUGACGGGGGAUUAUGAUGCUCUUGUUGAUGAAAAGCAGACUCUACUUACAGCACAGAGAGACCUGCGUACUGAAUUACGGCUUUUAAGAGAGCGUUGCACUCUUUUGGAGCAACAAAACCAAAGUGAAAAGAACUCUCUCAGAGAAGAAACAAGAUCUCUUGGAAAUUUGCGAGCUGAACAUUCUAAACUCAAAGAUGACUUCCGUAAUCUUUUUACUGCAAGUGAAAAGCAGCGCUUGGAUUUUAGAGGCAUUCAGGAAGAUUAUAAACUGCUGCGCACAGAAAAUGCAGAUUUAAGGCUUAGGCAGACCCAGCUUCAAGGUGAAAUUGCAACUCAAGGGGAUCAUAUAAAUACCAUGGAACUUGAGCUGUCUAAAUUAAGGAACAAAUGCGAGAUGCUUCUUCAAAUGAACACUGGCUUGGAAGAGGAUAGACGCUCCCUCAUGGAACAUGUAUCUCAACUUCUAAGCCAAUACCAGGAACUGCUCAAUCACUCUUUGGAAGAUAAAGAGCAGUAUCAUCUAGAAGAAAAAAUGUACACAGACAAAUUGAAUAACUUGCACAGACAAAAAGAAAAACUAGAAGAGAAGAUAAUGGAGCAUUACAGGCGCAUGGAAAGUUGUCCCACCAAGAAGAGAAGCUUUGGAGCUAGUUUGGUAAAGAAGGUCAAAAAGGCUAGUUCUGAUCUAAUCAACAAGAGCCGACGUUCGUGGCAUGAGGACUCCCGAGGUGCAGAAAUUCAGCCCGCUGUAUCAUUACAUGGCUCUGAAUCUGGUGGUAAUGAUUCAGAUACAAGCUUAGAUGAUAUUCAUGCUCAACCCAUGCAAGCUGGAGGAUUUGCUCGAAGUUCCUUGAGUUUGGGUAGUGCUGGUACAAGGAGAACUGUUUAUUACACAGAAGAAGAAACUAAUGAAGAGGAUCAGCCCAAGGAAGAAGAAGAUCAUGAAGAGCAGGACAAGAACAGAAGUGAUGCUUUAGUCACAUCAACUCCAUCAGAGCCAAGACUCCUGGUUUACAACCGCAUUUCCACAGUUAUUGGGGAAGCUCCAGGGACGUCACAAUGGAGCGGUGGCAGCCCCACACUGCCAGUGCGGUCUCAGUCUAGACAAGAUGACACCAGCAGCAAACGAGGUGCAACCUUGCCCAGUACUCCAUCCAACAAAUCGGCCAAGACUAGGGAGAAUUCCAUUUGGUAUGAGUAUGGAUGUGUGUGAGUCGGCAUGAGUGUAUGGCAUGCAAAACUCCUUUAUAUUCAUGACCAUUUUUCUUUUUGACAAUCUUAAAGAAAAACUGGUUUACUUUGCUGACUUUCUAUCCUCCCCUACUCUCUUUUCUACUUUACGCUGCGAGAGUAAUUUUAAUUUUAAGAAUUGCACUUUGAUGCGGGAAUCACGUUUUUCAGUGCUCUCCGUGAUAUAAUAUUUAUUGAAUCGAAUUGAGUAAUCAAUCAGAGAAGGGGAUUUCUAAAAGUGAAGUACUAUGCAGAAGGGUACUCUUGAGGAUGUUUGAUUUAGACAAACCAAAGACGCUUUUUCCUAUAUAAAUUAUUUUUCAUGCGGUAGUUUUGGGUUUUGGCACCUAAACUAAAGUUACUAAAGCUUCUCCUAAUAACAGGCAGUUUUCAAGUUGCUGAACCACUGCUGAUAUAUUUUGAAAUCUGGUGCCAUCAGGCCUGAAGGUUUUUGAAUAUUUUUUUACUGUAACUACAAAGUAGUUUUUAGGAAUGACAGGGUAAUUUUUAGACUAACUAGAAAUAUUUUUAAACUUAUUCAUCAAAAUCAAAAAGAACAUUUUUGUAUGGUGGCAUUAGAUAUCUAUUGUUUAUUUUUCAACCGAUUUAAGUGCUUGAAAAAUAUUUGAGACUGCUUGUGGACCAAUCAAUUUGUUUUCUUUCAACACAAGUACUUUUUUUGAUAUAGUGUACUGUAUGUGGUCAUGGAAGCAUGUUACUCUCUAAUAAUUUGAGUUGUAUUAAUAUUUUCAAGAAGGUUUACCUUCUUACCUGAGUAUUAUUUUUAAAUUUUGUGUUUCUAAAUGUAUAUAUUCUUUAUUUCCCUCCCUAAUGGUAUGUGGUGCCAGUAGUUCACAGAAUCUCUACUAUGUGUAUGGUUAAGUUCUCAACUUUUUCACUUAUCAUAUUGAUACUGAUUUUUUAAUGGUUUACAUCAUUUUCUAUACCAGAGGGAUAUUAAUAUGACUUUUUAAUGUAUAUCUAGAACCCCAUGACUCCGUGUUUUUGAACAGAGCAGCUUGUGCAUGUUUCAAUACAAGGCAACAUAGCCCAUUUAAUAAUAAGCUACUUAGUAGGAGAUCAUGCUGGUGCAGACAGCAGUGUACAUCUGUGGUUGUCUAAUACAUUAUCUCAUGUGAUACCAUUUUGUUAAAACUUAUUUUAUUGUGGCUGUUCCUUAUAAAUGGUGAGCAAGUA